AUGAAAAAAGUAAAAGUCGAUUUAAAAUCAUUUGAAGUUGGAGAGUGUUCAAUACUUCUAAGUCUUCUUGGAGAAGAAGAAAAUAAAAAUACUUUUGUUUCUAAUAAUCCCCCAGAACAAAAUAAUGAGAAAAAGUAUUCAGCUAGUGAUAAACGAAAAGAUAUAGCAGAUAUUAAUCGAAGGUAUACCUUUAGAUUAAAAGCAUUAAACGUUGCACUAAACACUACAUUUAGAGAAUGGAAAGACUUGGAGAGCAGAGGAUUUGACACGAAAGAAGUUCAGUCUAGAUGGUCUGUUCUCAAUGAAGAAUACAGAAUAAGUAAAAGAAGGGCAUCCUUGGAGAUUUAUGAAUUAGUCCAACCAUUGUAUAGAAAAGCAUAUGGAAACGAUGGUGUUCACGACCUUCAUGGUCAAGGAAUUAAAAGUGGAAGUUUAGUUUUUAUUGUUUCUACUAUUCUUGACAAUGAAAAGAAUUACAUAGAAGCAAAGAACAAAAACAUAGUUUUUGAUAUUGGAGAUGAAAAUGAUGGUGAAUGGCAUAUCCAAGCUGUUUGUGCUAUCACAGUGUGGUUAAAAGAAAGAAAUUAUAAUUUUUGGAUGGAUGAGACAAAGAGAUUUGUGUUUGUCAAGAUUAAUUAA